GUGGUUUCAACCUCAGAUCUCUAGCAAGAGCCACGAAGAAGAAAACAGUCUAAAGAAAGAGAGGGGUUUUCUGUGACAUCCAGAAAACAUCCCUGUGCUCCCCACAAGCAGGAGAAAUGAAGCCCCUCGUCAAUGUACACGGACCCGGCAACGACAGCGCCAGGAACAAUUCAGACUGUCCUCACGUGGUGCUGCCAGAGGAGGUGUUCUUCACCAUCUCCAUCGUGGGGGUUUUGGAGAACCUGCUGGUCCUUCUGGCCGUGAUCAGGAAUAAGAACCUCCAGUCCCCCAUGUACCUCUUCAUCUGCAGCUUGGCCGUUUCCGACAUGCUGGGCAGCCUGUAUAAGAUCUUGGAAAACAUCCUGAUCAUGUUCAGGAACACGGGGUACCUCGAGCCACGCGGCACUUUCGAAACCACCGCGGACGACAUCAUCGACUCCCUGUUUGUCCUCUCCCUGCUCGGCUCCAUCUCCAGCCUGUCCGUCAUCGCGGCCGACCGCUACCUCACCAUCUUCCACGCCCUGCAGUACCACAGCAUCAUGACCAUGCGCCGCACCGUGGUCAUCCUGGGGGUCGUCUGGACCUUCUGCACGGGGAGCAGCAUCACCAUGGUCAUCUUCUCCCACCACGUCCCCACGGUGCUCACCUUCGCCUCCCUGUUCCCCCUGAUGCUGGUCUUCAUCCUGGGCCUCUACGUGCACAUGUUCCUGCUGGCCCGCUCCCACGCCAGGAAGAUCUCCAGGCUUCCCAGGACCAACAUGAAGGGGGCCCUCACGCUGACCAUUCUGCUGGGAGUCUUCAUCUUCUGUUGGGCGCCCUUUGUCCUCCACAUCCUCUUAAUGACAUUCUGCCCAAACAACCCCUACUGUGCCUGCUACAUGUCUCUCUUCCAGGUGAACGGCAUGCUGAUCAUGUGCAACGCGGUCAUCGACCCCCUCAUCUACGCCUUCCGGAGCCCAGAGCUCAGGCAUGCCUUCAAAAACAUGCUCUUCUGCAGCAGGUGCCAGUGGAAGUGCUGAUCCCUGAUUUUAGGAUAUCCAUGAGGAUUAUGCUAUUAGGACAGAAUGACAGAACAGAUUAUAUAACAAUAAAUUAUAUAACAACAGGCACAAAUUAUAUAACUAGAAAAUUAGGCACUAAAAUAAAGGUUAGAAUGCAAAAGCACACACAGCAAUACAAAUGUGAGGGCUUUGGGCCAUAAAACAAAAACUCUUUCGUGUCUGCAUAUCUAAAAAUCCAGUUUGUCUAAGCUGAGGACCAUUGCAACUGAACUCUAGAAGUUCAAGAACUUACCUGGGCAAGUGUGUUGGUCUGCUUUCUAUUACUGUGACAAACAGUAUGAGAUUAAUCAGCUUAAAAAGAGGAAAGGCUUAUUUUAGAGGAAAUGUUCAUGAUCCGUUGGUUCCAGUGCUUUGGGCCUGUGGUGAAACAACAUAUCAUGCCAGGAAAUAAGAAGAAAGACAGAAAGAGACCAGCACCUCACAGUGCCCUUUAGGACAAAAUCUCAAUGACCUCAAAACUCCCUCUAGGGGCUAUCUCUUAAAGGUUCCACCACCACAUAAUGGCAUCAAACUAGGAACCCAACCUUUCACAGGUAGGCUUCUGAGGGCCACAUAUCCAAACAGCAGCAGCAUUCACUCAGGGCAGAAAGUUUAGUGUCUUUGUAAGCCAAAGGUGCCCAAUAAUUGCUGUGGCUGAAUUUGCUUAUCUCCCACAGCCAUUCAGAAUCCCACCCUGCCUCCCACUCCUCCGCCUGCCUGAUAUAUUGUAAGCCACUUCAAAUCUUGGAAGCAGCCAGAGUCUCAAUUAUAAAUGUCAAAUAACUCAACUGUAUUUCCAAUAAUAAGAGUAUCUAUUUUACCUAGGAAUCUUCUUUGCUUGCUUGGUAUCCCACUGGCCCUAAAAAUCUAUUCCUGGUUAAAUCUCCUCAUUCAUUAGAAGCAACAUUUCAAAGGAGGAAAUAAAAAUGUAAUCUACUUAAUCCUA